AUAAGGGAGCAUUAAAACUGUAUAGUGCUGUAUGUAAACUGAAAAAAUUCCUUUUUAUUAAAUCAAGUGUAUUUUUCGUUGUAUUACUGUUAAAAAAAUCAUUAUGCGUUUAACAUUUAUGAUUUAUUAGUAUAAUUAAAUGACUAAAUAUAAAUAACUGCUGUACAUUUUUAAUUUAUUUAUUGAUGAUUUUUAAAUUUUAAUUUAUAAUGGAUCAAGCACCGUCAGAUAUAGAACUGCGGAAUAUAAUUGACAAGCUAGCACAAUUCGUCGCUAGAAAUGGACCUGAGUUUGAGCAGAUGACAAAAAAUAAACAGAAGGAUAACCCAAAAUUUAGUUUUCUUUUCGGAGGAGAAUAUUUCAAUUAUUAUCAAUAUAAAGUAACAACUGAACAAGCUAUUUUAAAACAAAAAGGAAUAAAUCCAAUGCAAAAUGCGGACCCACGUUUAAAUGUUUCGCAACAACAACAAUCAUCGGUACCUGCCGCACAACCAAUGAAUAAUAUCAAUCUUACGCCGUGUUUAAGCACUCAAAACAAUACGUUAAAUCAAGUGGUCGGGAUCGGACCCGUAGGAAAUUCCGGUCAAGUUUUACCCAGCGUUCCUGGAUCAUUGAGCGUACCCAGCAAUGCCGGAGCACCAGUAAUAGGAUCAGUUCCUAACGUAAUCGGGCCCGUGAAUCAAUCAAUCGGUAAUUCGGGACAAAGUGUAAAUAUCAAUGGUCCAUCUGGGUGGCUACAAAACGAAUUGUCAAAUCUUCAGUCACAACAAUCGGCUCUUCAAGAGCAAGUUAGACAAUCUGAACAAAAUUUAGCAGCACAACAUGCGUCUCUUAUGAGAGAUCAACAGGGCAGAGUAGAGGAUGCUGUUAGACAGGCUCAAGAAACAGCGUUUCAAAAUAAUGCUCAGAGUACUAAUACUGAUUUAGCAGCAUUCGAUACCGUUUUGCAACCAAUUGUUGAUAGCUGUACAAAAGACAGUAUAAGUGCUGGCAAAGCUUGGAUACUACAAAACAGCAUUACUGCUCAAAGUAAUGAAGUAAUUGCUGAAUAUUUAUUAAAAAAAGUAAUACAAGGAGGUACAUUCAACCAAAAACUUCACGUUAUCUACUUGGUCAAUGACGUAUUACAUCAUUGCGCCAGAAAAAAGUCAAUGGAUCUUCGACAAGCUAUGGAAAAUGUUGUUGUUCCCAUGUUUUGCAAUACCUCGUUAGCGGCAUCAAGUGAUCAACUAGUUAAGCUCAAUAAACUUCUAAGCUUAUGGGAAUCAAAAAAUAAUUAUUUUGAUGAAAGUAUUGUUGAAAAAUUAAAAAUACCAAGUCAAUCAUGGUCAGAAUAUCAAGCGAGUCUGGUGGCUCAAUUUGCAAAUGCGAUAACUCCAAUAACAACUUCGACUAAACAAACAUUUGAUAAUUAUCAAGCUCAGCACCAGGCAUUUGUCAAUCACGCGUUAAGACAGAUAUCAAAUAUAGAGCAGCAAAAAAUUAGUAUUAAUCAACAAUUAAAAGCACCUGCCCCACCACCUCCGCCAAUCGUUCCAAAUCAACAAAAUUUAAAUAUGCCACCAGCACAUGCUGGACCUCCGCCACCACCACAACCACCGAUAGCAGGCGAUUUAAAUUUUUCACAGCCUCCUCCUGGUUGGGGUGUUACACCAACAACUGAACCCCCACCAUUUACUACAGUACCUUUGCCAGAUUUUUCGAAACCACCUCCUGGAUUUGGACCACCACCUGUCAUACAUGAAACUUCCAUUGAAGAUCUAAUGCCUAGUAUGCCUUAUUUUGAACUUCCUGCUGGACUUAUGGUGCCUCUAAUUAAAUUAGAAGAUGGCGAAUACAGACCAUUAGAUCCUGAAGCUAUAAGAUUACCACCACCUACUCCACCAAGUGACCGUUUAGUUGCUGCUGUUGAAGCGUUUUAUGCUCCACCCAAUCAUGAUUCUCCGAGAGAUAGCGAUGGAUGGGAGAAAUUGGGUUUGUAUGAAUAUUAUAAAGCGAAAAAUGCUGCACGUAAACGCAAAGAAGAAGAUAUUCUAGCAGGAUUGAGAAUUAAAUCUAGAUCACCGUCACCAAUUUUGAGACCACGAUCAAAAAGUCCUAGUCCACCAAAAAAACGAUACAGAAGUAAAUCACGAAGUAGAUCGCGAUCUAGAUCACGAGGAAGAAGUCGAUCUAAAUCUCCUGCAACAAACAAUCACCGACGUAAUAAUCGUAAUAAUAGUAGCAAUGCACAUGGUGGCGUCGUUCAUAAUAAUAGGAAUAGACGCAGGAGAAAUAGUAAUAAAGAACGAAGUCCCGACAGAAGAAAUGACCGGCAAGAUCGCAGUCCUACACCGCCCAGUUUUCUUGGCACAACGUACAGUAAACUUCCAUUAGAAUCGUCAUUAGAUGAAAGUAAUAAAGGUCAUCAGUUAUUAAAAAAAAUGGGUUGGAGUGGUGCUGGUUUAGGAGCCAAUGAACAAGGUAUCGAAGCACCUAUAUCCGGUGGAGAAAUUCGAGAUAAAAAUGAUCAGUACAAAGGUGUUGGUAUUAAUUUAAAUGACCCUUAUGAAAACUUCCGGAAAAGUAAAGGACAAGCUUUUAUUACAAGAAUGAAAGCAAGAGCAGAAGAACGCGCUGAAGAAAGAGGAGACCGAGAUUAAUAAUUUUGUAAUUUUUAUUUUUAAUUAUUAUUAUCUGCUUGCAGUUCUUAUGGUUUUUUGCAUUCCUCAAUUAAUAUUACAUCAAAUGAAUAUGAUUGUUAUUCAAAUUUUAUCUUAAAUUCAAUGCCAUUGUAAAUAUUAUGGCUAAAUCUAUCCGAUUGAUGAAAUUGUAAUUUAAUCAAUUUUGGUCAUAUAUGCAAUUAUUUUUUUUUUUUUUUUUAGAGGCUUAUUAUUAGAAC